UGCAAAUUGUUGUUCUCUUAUUAAUAAUGUCCCCAAAGGAGACCAUUACGACUUGUUCUACAGUUGAAAUUUAUCUGUAUCAUACCAACCACCCCUCCCUCAUUCAAUUCGGCGAAGCAAAUCACGCCUAUCCAAUUUCGUUGGUUUUUCGCUUUCUCAUUUCUGUUAAGGACCAAAAAAAAAACCUAGAAAUCAUGGUGGCUGUGAUGAUUUGAAUAAAGAUCUAAGAUGUCUGAGAAGAAGAAGAUGAGAAGUGAAGCCAGCAGCAGCAACAGUAAUAGCAGCGGUGGUGGAAACAGCAGGGGCGAAACUGUGGUUGCUGAUGUUGGUCGCCGUAGGAACACAUGUGGCUACUGUAAAUCUGGUGGCCCUACUAGUAUCUCUCACGGUGUAUGGGCACGCAGUCUGACAGUUGAUGACUAUCAAGCUCUUCUAGACAGAGGAUGGAGAAGAUCUGGCUGUUUCUUAUACAAGCCUGAGAUGGAGAAGACAUGCUGUCCAUCUUACACUAUCCGUCUCAGAGCAGGUGAAUUUGUUCCUUCCAAAGAACAACGUCGAGUACUGAAAAGGAUGCAGAG